GGAUGGGGAGCUUGCGGGCAGCGGUAGGCGUGCGCUCGCGACGAGACGGUUGUCCGUUGUAGGGCUCGGAGGAUUUUCCGGUAAGCUGUGGAUUGCUCACGUCGGAUUAAGCCUUGGAGAUCUCCGGAGCUGCAGGAAGAACUAUUGCGACCGGGUAGUGUGGGGUUUGGAGAGGUGGUGUACUUAAACUUGGUCAGAGCCAGAAAUAUGGUGUUCAGUCGUCCAUGGCCUCAAGUACCCGACAGAGCCCUCGCUAUACCUGCCGCCCUAUCGUCAAACCUCCUGUAUCGACGACUCCUUUUAAUCACCAUCCAUGUCCCCGUCCGCAAUCAUGCCGCAAUCAGGCCAGACAGCGCCCUCGAAUGGCCAGACAGACGCGACCCAGGUUGAGCAGAGCGUCCCGAAUGCCGUGUACCUGUCGACAGAGCCAAAGGAGGAUUUUGACUGGAAGAUAACGCUCAAGGGCAAGGUUGUUGCCAUUACGGGGGCGAAUCGAGGCAUAGGGGUUGGGCUUGCGACGGUGUGCCUCGCCAACGACGCUGCAGAGAUCUACUCGCUGGAUCUGUUUGAGCCGGGCGACGAGUUUGAGGCGCUGCAACAAGCGCAUCCCAAGCGCCUUCACUACCUUGACUGCGAUGUCACGUCGGAGGAAAGCGUCACCAAGGCCGUCGACGAGAUUGUCGCGCAAUCGGGCCGCAUCGAUGGCAUGAUUGCCAACGCAGGAAUGACCAAGCACCAGGCUGCGCUCGACUUUGACCGCCCUCAGCUGGAGCAGCUGUUCAACCUCAAUGUGUUUGGCGCUUACUUUUGCGCGACGGCGGCGGCCAAGAAGUUUAUUGAGUUGGGCAUCAAGGGGUCCAUUGUCUUCACGGCGUCCAUGACCUCGUACCGGCCAAACCGAGCAGCUCCCUCAGCGCCGUAUGGAGGGACCAAGGGAGCAGUGCGCAACAUGGCACACACGCUGGCCAUGGAGUGGGCCAAGCACGGCAUCCGCGUCAACUCCAUCUCGCCGGGCUUUGUGCGCACGCAGAUGACAUACUAUGUGGAAAAGGCAGCCGACUGGAACCUGAAGAUGCAGUACUAUGGCGGCAUGCCUAGGCUGGCCGAUCCUCGCGAACUUGGCGGAGCCUACGUGUACCUGCUGUCUGAUGGCGCCAGCUAUACCACUGGAAUCGACAUCCCGGUGGCGGGCAUUGUUGGGGCGUGGUAG